AUGAGUGUGGAGGCUUUGGGGAGCCCAGUGAUGGAACCAGCUGCACUCUCCAAACGGAACCCGGCGCUGAGAUUAGUUGACUUGGCAGGGGCUCAUCAUCACCAUCACCACCAUCAUCACCACCAUCCCCCACAGAGCGUCACAGGCUUCCCGGGGUUCGCCGGUCACCCCCACUCAAUGGCUCCCUCGCACCCUGGGGAGUAUGCUGCUGAAUCCCGCCUAGGGCCGAGUCCAUUCCGAGCCGAACACAUGGGGCACCAUCAUCCCUCGGCCCUCAAACUCAGCCCUGCCCAUCAUACUCAUCCCCAUCACCGACACCAACAUCAUCAUCAUCAUCACCACCACCACCACCACCACCAUCCUUCUCCUCCUCCUCCUCCACCUCCUCAUUCUAUGGCAGGAGGCCACACUGAGGUGGUCGGUAGUCCAACCGGAGCGUUUGGCCCAGUGCCUUCAACAGCUAUCCCUUACCCUGUCUCCCACCCCGCUCAGGCGCUUACAGCAGGUAGCUAUUCUGGACACCAUGGCCACCACCACCCCGAAGCUGGGCAUCACUCUCUUUUCUCUGGACUCCAUGAGCCGCCUCCCCAGGCCUCCCCAGGUGGCCAUCUGAACGGACAGAUAAGACUGGGGCUACCUGGAGACAUGUACGCCAGGUCCGAGCAUUUCACUCAAGUGCCUGCCUCCAGGACAGAUCCUUUCGCUGCAGCUUCUCUGCAUAACUACGGGGGCAUGAACCUGAACGUGAACCUAGCUCCCCACCACGGCCCCGGAGCCUUCUUUCGCUAUAUGCGGCAGCCCAUCAAGCAGGAGCUCAUCUGUAAGUGGAUCGAGGUGGAGCAAGCGCCCAAAAGACUUUGCAACAAAACUUUCAGCACCAUGCACGAGUUGGUAACUCAUGUCACGGUGGAGCACGUUGGCGGCCCGGAGCAGUCCAAUCACAUCUGCUUCUGGGAAGAGUGUCCGAGAGAGGGGAAACCUUUCAAAGCCAAAUACAAACUUGUAAAUCACAUCCGAGUGCACACGGGGGAAAAGCCCUUCCCCUGUCCUUUCCCGGGGUGUGGGAAAGUGUUUGCUAGAUCAGAAAAUCUCAAAAUACACAAAAGAACUCACACAGGAGAAAAACCAUUCAAAUGUGAAUUUGAAGGCUGUGACAGACGAUUCGCGAACAGCAGCGACAGGAAGAAACACUCUCACGUGCACACCAGCGACAAGCCGUACAACUGCAAAGUGAGAGGCUGUGACAAAUCCUACACGCACCCCAGCUCCUUGAGGAAACACAUGAAAGUGCAUUGCAAGUCUCCUCCUCCGAGCUCGGGUUACGACUCCUCCACCCCUUCCCUGGUGUCACCCUCCUCGGACUCCGGGCGAGACCCCCCCGGCUCGGCUGCAGCCCCUGCGGAGCCGGGCGCCUCGUCGCGGGCGGCGAACCUGAGCGAAUGAGGCGGCGGCGGCUGCGGCGGCAGAGGCGGCGGCAGAGGAGGCGGAGGCGGCGGCGGCCACGGCGGCGGGGGCAGCGGCUGA